AUGGGAAAGGAGCGUGCUCCUAGAGCCUCCUUUGCUCUCAUGCUCAACCUGGUUGCGUUUGCAAUGGCGGUAUCAGCAGUAACCACCAGCUACUGGUGUGAGGGGACCAGAAAAGUGGUCAAACCGUUCUGCAGUGGUCCCACGACACCCAAGCAGACCUACUGCAUUCGUUUCAACAGCUCCAACCUCAAUGACAGCCGACAGGUGCAGUACAUCUACGAGACAGGCGAGGAGAAGUUUCUCAUGAAAAAGUUCCACACAGGUAUUUGGUUCUCCUGUGAACAGACAGUGGACCUCAUAGGUUUUACUUGUAGAAACUUCUUAGAAAUUGCACCACAACAUGAAAGAGGUGUGUUAUGGUUGUGCAUUGUGGCGGAGUGUCUGUUUAUCGGUUUGUUAUUCACCGGUGGAGUACUCAUGUCUGUGGAGCUGUGUCACUGCUGUAAUCUAAUGAACAGGCUCAAACUGAAUGCCUUUGCUGCCCUUUGCACCGCCUUAUCAGGUCUGUUUGGUAUGGUGGCUCACAUGAUGUUCACUACAGCUUUCCAGUUGGCUGUCAGCAUGGGCCCAGAGGACUGGAAACCCAAAACCUGGGACUACAGCUGGUCCUAUAUCUUGGCAUGGUGUUCGUUUGCCACCUGUAUGGCCUCAGCAGUCACAGCUCUGAACCAUUAUACCAAGACCAUUAUCGAGUUUAAGUUCAAACGAAGAAAUAUUGAGAAGAACCUCUUGAUCAAACAGAAACUUCUAGAACUGGACCUGCCAGAGCACUUGUUGAACAUGUAUCUGACCUCAGCGCUAAACCCAGAGGAUGAUGAGGUUGGCCUGCCAGUGAACGGAUUCAAACUGCCCAGUGGUUCCCUUGUCAACUCUGACUGUGGAGUUGCAUUGAAUACACACGGAGAAGAGUAUUGCUAA